GCAGAACCAAUUGAACCAAUUGAACCAAUGCAAAAGGCCAAAUAAACAUUGCAAGGGGCAUCUGCUCUUUGAGAGGGCCGUUCGGGCGCUUGUUUCAGGGUUUCAUCCUGAAUCCACUGCUUCAGAUGUGAUCUGCUGUGCAUUCUCUUGGCGCUACUGUCACUCCAUCACUUCAUCCUUUGUACCAUAAUACGGGCUGCUUUCUCUUUCAUCCUCUCCGCCAACUUUCUCUAUCCAUCCCACCCUUAGCUUUGUCAAUCUCUUGGUAUCUCCUUCUUUCUUUCUCGAGAGCGGUAACAGCAGUCGAGCAUUUCGCUACCACAUCGAAGUCUUCACAUUACACAUAUACCAUUUAUACAAUAUGGCUUUACGACCAUCGCUCAUUACACGAGGAAUCUCCACAUCCGGACCAAGCGAUACUGGAUCUCCUGCUCGCGACGAUGCUAAAAAGAAUAUGCUGAAAGCAAUGCGUCCAUUGCCGACGCAACAUUAUUGGAAUAUAUAUUUCGACAGACAACAAAAGGAUCAGAAGCCGGCCGCAGAUGGAAGUUAUACUGCUACUCUUGACAAGCUUCCUACGCAAGUCGAAUCGAUCCAGGACUUUUGGCGCUAUUGCAACAAUACCCCGUUCGAUCAGAUUAAGAUGAGAGAGUCGAUUUAUUUAUUCAAACAAGGGUUUCAGCCAGUAUGGGAAGAUAGGAGAAAUAUCAAUGGAGGUAGUUGGACAUUUAGGGUUCCUAAGCAAAAUGGUCCGGACUUUUUUACUAGAGUUCAAUUGAUGGCCAUUGGAGAGAAGCUUCAAGGUUGUUUAGAAUCAGGCGAUCAACUCUGUGGUGUUGGACUCUCUGUUCGUUUCAACUCUCACCUUAUCUCAAUCUGGCACCGUGAUGCCUCAAAACAAAAAUCCAUCGAUGCGUUACUUGCUACAGUAAUGGAGGAACUUCCCCAAGAACUGAAACCCAAGCCCGACAAUUUCUUCUACAAGAAACACUCAGAUCACGCCGGAUUCAAAGCUCCACCAGCGGAAAGUACAUCCGAGUCCGCACAGACUGAGUCCUCUGCAUCUAAAAUUCAGACGGAGGUUCCAGCGGUUUAGACUAGUUGUUUCAUUCAUGAUAUCAUGGGAAUUAUAGGGAAAUUGGCGUCACAAAUAUAUUAUUCAAGGUCAGAUAAUGAAGAUUAUCCACGAGGUGGAAAGGUGUUUUUGUCAGAUUGGACCGGAUUUUGUAUAAUCCUGUCGGCGUUCGUACUAAGAGAAAUCGGCUAAAUAAAUGGAACAUAUGAACAAACCA